AUGAGAAAGCGUGUUGCUAUCGUGGGCAGUGGCUGCUCAGGCCUCGGCGCUUUAUGGGCGCUCAAUACCAGCACUGGCCAUGAAAUCCAUCUAUUUGAGGCAGCAUCGCGACUAGGCGGGCACACGAACUCCAUUUCCUACGAAGGACCCAAUCGCCAGAAGGUCGAAGUCGAUACCGGUUUGAUUGUCAUCAACGCUGCUACCUCCCCCAACUUUAUCCGAUUCCUCCAAGAAUUAGGUAUUCCGUUGAAGAAGACAGACCUGAGCUUUGGCGUCUCGUGCGAUCAAGGGGCGUUCGAGUGGGCGUGGACGUCGUGGUCCUCCAUCUUUGCCCAACGGAGGAAUAUCUUCAGCCCUGGAAUGUGGAGGUUGAUUUUUGAAGUCAUCCGAUUCAAAGAGUUUGCACUUGACCUUCUCGAAAACGUCGACAGUGGGGAUGACACCACCGCUCAGGAAAUCCAGCAAAAGAUCCAACACCGGUCCCAAGAAACUAUCGGUGAAUAUCUCGACCGCGAAAACUACUCCAAGGAAUUCCGUGAUAAUUAUCUCAUUCCGAUGACGGCCGCCAUCUGGGGUACGAGCCCUGAUGAGUAUUCCCUGGGGCUCCCGGCCAUCACAGUUGUUAGAUUCAUGUACAACCGACACAUGCUGAAUAUCGCUGCGAAAUUCUCGGAUUGGUGGACCAUUCCUGGCGGAGCUGGGCGAUAUAUCGAAGCAGUGGUGCAAGAUUUCCCCGCCGACAGAAUCCAUCUCGAAUCCAAAGUCACCUCGCUGACGCCAGGUGACAAAGGUAUUGUCGUGUUGAAUGCAAAUGGAAAAGACCAUGAAUUCGACCAUGUGAUCGUCGCGACGCAGGCAGAUCAAGCUCUGGUGAUGUUGCAACCGCUAACAACCAGAGAGGAAUCCGACAUUUUGAGGGGUUUUCGCAGCAGUAGAAUUGUUGCCGUGCUGCACUCGGAUCUCUCUUUGAUGCCUAAGCGACGACAGGCAUGGUCGUCCUUGAAUUAUAUCACCGAGUCCUCAUUCCCGCCUAGCAGGCGCAAGCACAUCUCCAAAGGAUGUCUGACCUAUUGGAUGAAUGCACUCCAAGAAAUACCACCGAGCCAGUUGGGACCCGUUUUGGUCACCCUAAACCCGUUGAACAUGCCUGAUCCUCGACUGGCGCAGGGUAUCUGGGAGUAUUCCCAUCCCCAGUACAAUGCUGCCGCGAUCAAGUCACGGAAGCUGUUGUCCAAGAUUCAAAAUACCAACAACAUCAGCUACUGCGGAGCAUGGACCAGAUACGGCUUCCAUGAAGAUGGCUGUAGUAGUGGGUUGUCGGUCGCUAUCAGCCAUCUGGGGGCAAAGGUGCCCUUUGAGUUCAUCGAUCCGACUUCGUCCAAAGCGAAGAAGCCCACUCUGACAAUGAAGAAUUAUUUGCUGAGGCUAGUCAUUCUCCUCGUGCAGAUAGCGUUUUUGCUGGUCGAAAGGGCAUGGUCGAGAAUGGCAGCAGCGAUCGACAAAGGCAUCGCCUCGCGCCGAAAAACCUCCUGA